AUGGAAUUAGAGAAAACUUUAUAUAGGGUUCAAGAACGAAUUUUGACUCAUUAAUAUGUUCCUUAAUUCACAAAUAUUUGCAGCACGAUUUUGCUAAGUAUGGCAUCAAUAAAUUUGCUUAUACUUUGGGGAUUGAGUACCAGGAAUAUUAAUUAAGUCGAAUUUGAUCAAAAUCAUAGGGAUUAUCUCUACCAUUAUACAAUAGUUGAUGGUGAUAACACAUUGCUAACAAUGAAAUAUUCAAGCACCCCUGAAUUAUUGCACUUAAAAACAGAACUACUUUAAUAGCACAAUUUCACAAUUAUCAACAUUAAUGUAGAUUACAAUAGUUUUUUUGAGAGUCACCUUUAAGCAUUGCUUUCUUAAGCAACUAAUUUAGAAACUGUAUUCUUGCAUGAUGUUGCCUACUCAAUAAAUUCAAAUAUUUAUGUGAAAAAUAAUUCUACAAAUCAAACUUUCCAUUGGAGAUAAAAGUAAGAUGUAGCUCAAAAUUACACUCAAAAAGUGUCUCAAAACUUAUGGGAAUUUGUUGUCAUCACUUUAGGGUUGUUCAUCUCCUCAGCUGUUUCAUCACUCUAUAUUAAAAUCACAAUUAUUUGUGCUCCAGUCAUCAUCAUCAUUAUGCUUGAAGUAUCUUAUCUCUUUGGAAAUAGACAAAUAUUCCCAAUAUUUUUGGCACGAGCAUUCCCCUGGAUAGGACUAUAUUUAAAUAUUCUUGAUAGAACACAACGCUCAAAGAAAUAACUAAUCAUAGCUUUUACUUUAAUGCUAUUCCUGAUUUAUUUCAUUUACUUGUCCUCCAUUUUUAUUGGAAGCUACUUAUUAUUUAAAGCUCAAGUUCCAUAUGGGCUGGAAGAUAAUUUUUUUGGGUUAGUUACAGUCAAUGAAUUUGCCUCCUUAUUGUUUUUGAGAACACGGACCUCUUUAUACUUUGUACCAAAGUUCACUAUCAUAUUCUAUUACCUAUUCCUGUGGUAUGUUAGAUCUACAAGUAAAAUCACAACAUUCAUAUUAGACUAUGGUUUCUACUCACUUGCGAUGCUUUCACUAUCUUAUGCAUGUUUCGGAACAUUCUGCUUAUUUAUUUUCAUCUAUGAAAUCCCUAGUUUAGGAUGGAAUCCUCUAUCAUUUUAUACACCAACACUUGAUAGGCCUCGCUGUUACUAUUUACCAGUAUUUUCAAUGAAUUGGGUUAAUGAAUUGCCAUAACUGUGGACCAUGUUUUACCCUUUGCAUGGAAGAAGAUUUUUUCAAAUUUAAAAUUUAGCCUUAGUAGAUCGAAACUUUCCACUUCUCAACAAUCUCUUAGAUAUUGAAAUGCAAGAAUAAUAAUGA